AUGCCGACCGCCGCCGCCGCGACGCUCGACGACCCCGCCGAGAUUGCCGCGCUGGCCGUCGACUUCCUGCACAGCCUCGACAACCUGCCGCAGGAGGUGGCGCAUCGCGUGCGCGAGAUCCAGCACAAGGAUGCCAAGCUGCACGAGCUGCUGGGCAAGCUGGCCGCGCGCGAGACGGCACUGCGCGAGCUUCUCGCGCGGCCAGCAGGAGGCAGCGCCGCCGCCUCCGCCGCGCCCGUGCUCUCCGAAGCCGACCGCAUCAAGGCCGACAAGCUGGCCGACAAGAUCCGCGCCGACUAUCGGCGUGCCGACGAGUGGAGUGCGGCCAAGGAGGAGGCCGCAGUGGGCCUCUGGCGCGCCGUGCACGCGCACCACAAGCGGCUGCAGGGCGAGAUUGACAAGAUCUCGCCGGCGCUGAUUGCCAGCGUGGCGAGCAGCAUGCCGGCGGGCUCCUCUGCUUCCAGUGAUCUCCUGGGCGUCGGCGGCGUCCUCACGCCCGGCGUUGCACCCGUGCUGUCCGGCCUUUCGACUUCCCUCGCCGACAUUGCCGCCGCGGCGCUUUCCGCCUCUGCCUCGCGCCACUCCUCGCCCUUUGCGCCGCCCGGAAAGAAGGAGAUGCCGCCGCUCGUGAGAGGCUCGAGCUCCUUGGCUGCUGCUGCACGUGCGGGCACGCCCAGUACACCGACGGGUGCCAGUAGGAAACAGCAACGCCCGAACGCCACUGCUGCGACCGCGCCGGGAACGAGUGGAGCGGCGGUCAGGAACGAGGGGGAUGUUAGAGUGGAGGAGGAAGAAGAGGCGGAGAAGGACGAGACGAUCUACUGCUCUUGCCAGCGUGUCUCUUUCGGCGAGAUGAUAGGCUGCGACUCCGACGCGUGUCCCUUUGAAUGGUUUCACCUCUCGUGCGUGGGCGUCACCAAGCCGCUGCCGACGACGUGGUACUGCAACACACUGCCCGGCCGGGCUGAGGAUGUUCAUGGUCUGACACUCGUGGCAUAUUUUUCGUGA